GUUCCGGGUUGUAGCCGCGACUCGGGGCUAAAGGGCCUCUGCUCUGCCGGCCGGCGGCCGGGAACAGCUGGGGCAUGAGGUUUUACAUACCAGGAAGCUGCCUGAGCCUGUAAGGCUUGCCUCUGGCCCUCUUUUCCGUUUGGCUCUGUGUUCAUGCCUGUCUUCAACUACUGUGUAUACCAGACUAUACUUCUCUACGCCUCCUGAUCUGGCUCUGGCUUCCUGUCCAGUUAUGCUUACAAAGAUCCUUUACUCUAGGUAGGUGAGCUCGUGAAGCAAUAUGAAGAGGAGAAAAUAGCCUUUUAAGGAAAUUGGCCCACAGAAAGGAUGGCCUUCUUGGACAAUCCAACUAUCAUUCUAGCUCAUAUUCGACAGUCACAUGUGACCAGUGAUGACACAGGAAUGUGUGAGAUGGUUCUCAUUGAUCAUGAUGUUGACCUAGAGAAGAUUCAUCCUCCUUCAAUGACUGGAGACAGUGGGUCAGAAAUUCAGGGAAGCAAUGGUGAGACUCAGGGCUAUGUGUACGCCCAGUCAGUCGAUAUUACCUCAAGUUGGGACUUUGGUAUUAGAAGACGCUCAAACACAGCUCAAAGAUUAGAACGACUCCGAAAAGAGAGACAAAACCAGAUCAAAUGCAAAAAUAUUCAGUGGAAAGAAAGAAAUUCUAAGCAAUCAGCCCAGGAGUUAAAGUCACUGUUUGAAAAAAAAUCCCUCAAAGAGAAACCUCCAAGUUCUGGAAAGCAGUCCAUAUUAUCUGUCCGCCUGGAGCAGUGCCCUUUGCAGCUGAAUAAUCCCUUUAACGAGUAUUCCAAAUUUGAUGGCAAGGGUCAUGUAGGCACAACUGCAACCAAGAAGAUCGAUGUCUACCUCCCCCUGCACUUGAGCCAGGACAGACUGCUGCCAAUGACCGUGGUGACAAUGGCCAGCGCCAGGGUGCAGGACCUCAUUGGGCUCAUCUGUUGGCAGUAUACAAGUGAAGGACGGGAGCCGAAGCUCAAUGACAAUGUCAGUGCCUACUGCCUGCAUAUUGCUGAGGACGACGGGGAGGUGGACACUGAUUUCCCCCCGCUGGAUUCCAACGAGCCCAUUCAUAAGUUUGGCUUCAGUACUUUGGCCCUGGUUGAAAAAUAUUCGUCUCCUGGUCUGACAUCCAAAGAGUCGCUCUUUGUUCGAAUAAAUGCUGCUCAUGGAUUCUCCCUUAUUCAGGUGGACAACACAAAGGUCACCAUGAAGGAAAUAUUGCUAAAGGCAGUGAAGCGAAGAAAAGGAUCCCAGAAAAUUUCAGACUUCCUCCCCUCCUCCUGCCUCUUUGAUCUUCCAGGCCCCCAGUACCGCCUGGAGAAACAGAGCGAGCCCAAUGUUGCUGUCGACCUGGAGAGCACCCUGGAGAGCCAGAGCGCGUGGGAGUUCUGCCUGGUCCGCGAGAACAGUUCAAGGGCAGAUGGAGUUUUUGAGGAAGAUUCACAAAUUGACAUAGCUACAGUACAGGAUAUGCUCAGCAGCCACCAUUACAAGUCAUUCAAAGUCAGCAUGAUCCACAGACUCCGCUUCACAACCGACGUGCAGCUAGGUAUCUCUGGAGACAAAGUCGAGAUAGACCCUGUUACGAAUCAGAAAGCCAGCACUAAGUUUUGGAUUAAGCAGAAACCCAUCUCAAUCGAUUCUGACCUGCUCUGUGCCUGUGACCUUGCUGAAGAAAAAAGCCCCAGUCACGCAAUAUUUAAACUCACGUAUCUAAGCAAUCACGACUAUAAACACCUCUACUUCGAAUCUGAUGCUGCUGCUGUCAAUGAAAUUGUACUCAAGGUUAACUACAUCCUGGAGUCACGAGCAAGCACUGCCCGCGCUGACUAUUUUGCUCAGAAACAAAAAAAAUUGAACAGACGUACAAGCUUCAGCUUCCAGAAGGAAAAGAAAUCAGGACAGCAGUGACACUGGCCUCCACCCUCAAUCUGUCACUGCAGCUCGGAGCCCGCCUGCCAGGGCCAAGUGGCCCUAGAGCUCACCCCACAUCCUGCAGUGCCUGGGGGAGGCCAGCCCUGGGCCCUGGGCCCUGAGCUGGGGCGUUCUCGGGGAAGGGGUACAGGUGGGGUACCUAGGCUGGUGUGCAGAGGACGUGACAUGGACCGCGGUGGCUUUGAGUUAGUGACGCCCAGGGGCCAGACCAGCCCCAAGGGGCCACAGGCCACGAGGCCAUCUUCACUGCCCGACGACCCCGCCAGAGGGUGUACAUAGCUGUGCCAGACAUUUCCUUGCAACUUGAUCAAAUUUCUUAAAGCAAACGAAGAACAAAAAUGUACAUUUCUUUUUCCCCCCACUUUUAAUAAACAGGUGUACUCUUUAUCAUGGUUGGUAUGAUGGACCAUUCUUUGGGGUGGAGGAUUGAUUAUGUUAUUCCCUUUAAAAUCUGUUCCCAUAUUGAACGGGCAGAUUGGAAAAGCUAUGGUUCGAUUUCUCAGAAGAAAUGUUUAGGGCUUAGUCAAUAGUUUUAACUAUGCCAUUUGUUUAAAUGAGUGCAUUUGCUUCGAGGAUAGUGCCGUACUAAAAGUUAGGAAGGAGGACCUGGCGCUGCGUGUCCAAGGCUGGGCCGUUUCCCCUUAGAAGCCCUCUCUCCGUGGCCCAGCGCCUCUGGCUUCACAAAUGGGGCGCUGGGGGUCGGAGGUGAUGGCUGCUCUUCGGGUCAUGACGAGCCGGCCAGCAUGGUCUUUUCCAUUUCUUAUAGCAAGUGGGAGUUCCAGCCGACGGUUAGACGUACAUGAGGUGCCCCGACCUGGGGGGUCUGUGCGCUCCCGCCUGCUCGCUCACCGCGCAUGCCCAGUGCGAGCCCACCGGAAGCUGCUGUCCGCCGGAAGCGGAAGAAGCCGUGUCCCGGCAGACAGAGGCGCUCCUGUUACCACACAUCUGUCCACACCAGAUGCCUCUGCGGGCCCCGCCCGGUCUCCCAGUGACGUCCUUACGUACUGUCCGCGGCCAGGGCCAAGGGCCAAAUGUCUCACUUAGGACCUGCAUUUAAAACAUUUUUUAAGUCGUUGUACAGGAAGAGAUGUGUCUAAACAGCAAUCGCAAAGUCAAGAGUGUUCCUUUGCACAGGGAUCGUUUUAAUGAAUUCCUCUUUCAUUCUGCCCUUUGUUCAGCCAACAGGAGCACCCUUUUCUAAAAGAAAUAUUA